AGGCGCAGCUGUGCUACCUCCAUGCAUGGCGCCAUGGCACCAUAUAUACCCGACCUCUCACGUGAUCCUCCCACGCCCCUCUCCCUCCUUCCAGCACCCAUCGCCCUCCUCCUUCUUCCCACCGAUCGUCAUCACAGCGGUACUAGUAGCAGCAGGCUAGCAACAGCACCACCUGCCUUCUUCUUGCUGCCAUGGACAAGCAGAGCGUCAUGUGGAGACAGCUGCAGCACCAGCACCACCAGGCCAGCGGCGCGGCGGGUGGCAAUGCCGUCGCUGCUGCCGGUGCUGGUGCGACGACGACGACCGCGCCCGUCCGGCCGAGCGGCGCGCGGUGGACGCCCACGCCGGAGCAGGUCAAGAUCCUCAAGGACCUCUACUACGACUGCGGCAUCCGGUCGCCCACGGCGGAGCAGAUCCAGCGGAUCGCGGCCCGGCUCCGGCAGUACGGCCGGAUCGAGGGCAAGAACGUCUUCUACUGGUUCCAGAACCACAAGGCCCGCGAGCGCCAGAAGAAGCGCCUCGGCGUCGACGUCAACGGCUCCCCCCUCGCCACCGCCACCGCCGCCGACGUCCUCGCCCUCUCCCCCUCCGGUGCGGCGGCCGGCUUGUACGGCGCCGGCAGCUGCGCCGGUAGAGGCGCGGCUGUCCAUCCAGAUGCGAGCGCCACUACUACUACUUGCUGGGGAGACAGCACCCUGCAGGACUACAUGGGCGCGAGGAGCACGGCGGGAGCGGGCAACCACGGCGGCGCCGCCGCAGCAGCACCUACGCCGUGGCCAGCUGCGAGCUUCCCUUUCUCCACCAACCAGACGCCGCCAAUGCCCCCGCCGCGGGAGCUCCCGCUCUUCCCGACCGGCGGAGGCCGGCAAGAAAGCGCCGACGACUUCAACGGCAGCAGCUACCAUCUCCAGCCCAACAGCUCGCAGUGGUGGGAAGCUGCCGCCGCCAGCAACGCCAACGCCAUGGCAGUCGUCCAUCAUCAGCUGCUGCAAGAACAGCACGAGCAGCAGCACAGCUUUUACAACAGCAGCGGCAACCAGCAGCAGAUGAUGAUGAUGAUGCCCAUCCAGGACGCCGGCACCUCCCCGGAGCUCACUCUCCGCGCCCCUUACAUGUGAGAGCCUAGUGCUCCCGUCAUUGUCCUAUGCAUGAUCCUAUCUAUCUAUCCAUCUACUAGCUAGUACCACUAGUUACUUACAGUUAGAAGCAUAUGUGGAAGCAUGUCCAUGUCUGGAACUUGUAGGGUUCGAUGGUAGUGUGGUCCCUAAGCCUCGAACUGGUAGUGCACCCUGCACCGCAUGACAAAUGCAAUGGGCAGUGCAUGGUGCAGCAACCAGUGUGUGUGUGUGUGGUGAGUUUGCUACUGUUUGGUUGCGCUUACUUGGUUGUAGCCAAAGUCCAAAGCGUGUGUGUGAGUAGUAGCGCGCUUGUCACAGGAGGAGGUGGCACCAUUGGUGUCAACCUUGUCUCUCCCUUUGGUGCCCUUCCAGAUUCCGAGAGGAAAAAGCUAUC